CCCGCCUCUUCCGCCUUGGGCCCGGAAGGGUGAUGUGGCUGGGGCACCGGCGGCCUCACUAUGUCUGCCAUUUUCAAUUUUCAGAGUCUGUUGACUGUAAUCUUGCUGCUUAUAUGCACCUGUGCUUAUAUUCGAUCCUUGGCACCCAGCCUCCUGGACAGAAAUAAAACUGGACUAUUGGGUAUAUUUUGGAAGUGUGCCAGAAUUGGUGAACGGAAGAGCCCAUACGUUGCUGUGUGCUGUAUAGUGAUGGCCUUCAGCAUCCUCUUCGUACAGUAGCUUGGAAAAAUGCCAGUAUUUAAUUGCUAUCAGAUUUCAUCGUGAGCAAGGACUUAUCUGCAGAAAAUAAUGAAAAGAAUGGUUAACUGUUUUAUCUCUGAACACUGAAUGAGAUAAAUUUCCAAAUGCUGUUCUCUAUGUUAUUGGACCAAUGUUCUGUACAAGUAAUUAAGAUAUAAUGAUACUCAAAGAGAUUAAUAGGCUGUAACAAUCAACUUCAGCACUGUCACUGCAAUAUUACAUUCUGUAAAUUUAAUUAUUAUUUUGACAGAUACAAGUUUUUAGUGAGGUGUCUUGAAGACACAUAGUAAAACUCAAAAUUGGUAAAUUACUGCAGUUCUUUUCACUGUGGUUUGGAAAUGAUAAAUCGUUAUAGAAUGAGAACUUUUUGUGGACUAGCUUUUUUUAUUGAGAAAAAAAAUGUUUCUCUUCAUGUUGGUAAGGAUUACAUCCAUGUUUAGUAAUGCUUUUCCACUCGUUGUACCAUUUAUUGAUCAUUAACCAGAGUACCUCUACUCUCAGCAAACUAUAGUUUAUUACAUACAUUUAAAACAAGCCUAUGCAGUUCUUAAAGAGGAAAAUGAAUGAGAUGUGACUUAGUAAUAGUAUUGGGAAAAUGUUCAUAUUUAACAGAAGAGAGUUUAAAAUACCCAACUGGUAUAGUAGCCUCUACAAUCUCUGGUCAAGUAUACAUAAAUGUGUUAAGCAUCAGUUUUACCAUCUAGCCUUCAUUCUUGAUAAAGACAGCAUUCUUAGAAUGAAAAGAACAAACCAGAAUAAUUAUAGAAUGAUAACCUUGUAUGUGUUUUCAUUCUUUGUAGUGUCAGAUCUUCAAAAAUGAAACAUUUGUUUUCAUUGCCCUCAAAUGAAAUGUGUUUUUGUUUUGUUUUCUAAUAUAGCACUUUAUGUUUGUGUGUCGACUUAAACUGGAAUCUCUUAUGUAAUUUUGCAGCUGUAAAGUCUCCACACCUACUUACGACUUAGGUAUCUUUGAGCUCUGGUGGUAAAGGAAGACCUUCAGCAAUUUUUUGUCUAGGCAAGAGGAAUAUUAGCCAUGUGACAUAAAAUUGAAGUAGAACAGUUAUUUUAAGUUUAUGGUUAACAUUUCUUAAGAUUCAGCUGAAAUUAAGUUAAAAUUUCAAAGCUAAGAGAGGCUUUAAUCUUAGCUAGAAAUUACCUGUUAAAAAUGGUAUUAAUUAGAUACUA